AAUCAUGGAGUCCUACGAUGUUGGUGGGAGAAGCCCUGCGCUACGAAUGAUUUGGAUGCGAGUGAAGCGACGAUCGAAAGGAAGGUCCGAAUCUCUAUAUCAGUAAUCAUAUGUUUAACCCAAUCAAUGAAUCAUGGUGAAGAUGGUAUCAGCGCCGAUGAUAUCCUAUCGACUCAUCAGUAAAAUAUUUCUAUGUGUUAUCAUCGUCGCAAUCACAGGGGUCGUAACAGGAGAAAGCACUCUGAACGAUUAUGAGCACGAGGUAGAACUUGCAGUGAAAACUGCAACGAAAGCAUUGCAGCAUGAAAUUGACUCUCUCCAAGGACAAAUAGAUCUAUUUGAAAUGAAACACGAAACAUUGCAGGCUGCAUCAGAACAUUUUAGGGUUCAGUCGAGAAGUCUCAAAUCGAAAUUGGAUGACGAACGGAGCAGGUACGAAAGUCUCGAGUCUGAAAAGCGUUCCCUGGAGGCGAGCAUCGAAAGCAAAAUAGCUAGUGCCCUACAAGGUCAAAAAGCAAGAUUUGAAGAUACUAUUGCUGCUGAACAUACCGAUCAACAAAAGUUGCGAACUAAAGAAAUCCAAGAACUCGGAGAAAAGUUACGUCGCUSUGAAUAUAAUUUUUCAAUGUUGGAAGAACAGAUGAAAGAAAAAAUGGUGGUGGAAUCGAAACGAUAUGAGUUACUUUUAGGGAAGAAAAAGAUUUCAGAAGAAAAGCUUAGUACAGAGAUUAAUGAUCUCACGGAAAGGUUAUCGUUCAGCGAGAAACAAGCUAAAUCUUUCGAAGAAUCGUUGAAACGUGCAAUUUUAGAAGUGGAAGAGAAAGAUGAUUUCCUACAAAAAGAAUCCGAGAAUCGYAUGGAAGAAGCUGACCGAUGGGAAAAACGCAUGAAAAAACAAAUUGCCGAAUCUCAGAAGUUGUACAAGGAAAAACAAUCAAAGGAGGAAGAAUUCAUUGAAUCUGAAAAGCUGCGGAAGUCACUCCUCGAAAAAGUCCAAACAUCGGAAGGAGCAAUUAAAAAGAUGGAAAGGAAAGUUAGAGCUUUGACAACAGAAAACAAAGAACUCCAAGAUGAACUUGUCGAUGGUAGUUUCGAGUUGGAAAGCAGUCGAAAGAAGACGAAACAGUUGAUUGAAGAAAACUCCGAAAUGACGAAGGCGUACAAUGCAGCUCUCGAAAAAUUGUCGACGAAAAACAGUCUUCUCCAAAACGAGUUGGUUGAGAUGAAGUUCGAAUCAGAAGAAAGCCAUACCGAAACAGAAUUGUUGAAGAAGCGCAUCAAAGAAGAAAUUGUAAAGAAGGAAAAGAUGCAAGAGGAACUACUUCUCGUUGAAUUUCAACUCGACAAGAACAAGGAAUUGGAGGACAGAUUGAACAAUAAAAACAAGGAGCUCCAGCAGAUGUAUAAUCAAAUCGAAGAAAGACUAGAAGAACGAGAAAUGAAGAUGCUCGACUACAAGCAGCAACAGCAAAGCAGUUUGAAUUACGCCGAGAAGCUAGAGGGAACCAUUCAAGAUCUUGAAAGAAAGGUCGAAGACUUGACCGAACAACUUGAAUCGAGACUUAACCAUCAGAUCAACGCCACUGAGUCUAGAUCUAYUGAGCUUUCUCGCAUGUACGAGUCAAUGAAGGAAAAGAACGAUGCACUUAGUCGUGACUUGUACACCGCAAACGAAAAACUCAWCAACGUGCAGUCAUCCCAUCAGAACCAAGUCGAUUCGUUCAGUCAAAAUCUUAAGUUCGUAAGCCUACAGCUCGAAGAGAAGAACAAAGCCCUCAAGGAAUGCGACAAUGAGCUUCGUGAUACACAGGCGAAGUACCCAGAAAUCAUCCAAGAUAAUGCUGCUGAAAAGAAGGGACCUGUGGAAAAAGAGCAGAAGCUUAAGGUCGAAGAGCCAGUGGCCGACGAGCUCAAAACGGAAGCUGAAUUUGAAGAGAACCAAUCGGCAGAACAAGACAUCGACGAGACAGAAAUUAAGAUUGAACAAAAACCACUGUUAAACAAAAAGACGGCAGUGGUCGACGAGACAUCAGCCAAAGAAGAAGAUGCCACUUCUGACUCUGAGACUUCGAGUGGGUUCGACAUGAUUUUCACCGUUUUCCGCUGGUUGGAUUAUAGCCUGUAUAAGAUCCUACGGGUCAUCGUGGACUCGGCUCUAUUUUUAGCGAAUAUUUUGUGGAAGAUAUCAUCGCAUUUCGACAYUGGAAGACUUGCCGGUCCUUUCAAGCCGUUUUUUGAGCUCAUCUCAUGGGCUCUGAACGAAUUCAGAAUCAUCCACUAUGCCCUCGUAUCCCUUUUUGAGUUUGAAAUGACGUUUGUUUCUAGUCUUGUAUCACGCGAGAAAGACAGAACGGGGUUUGCAUUCUUGAUCAACCACAGCGAAAUGAUGGUAAUGCUUGGAGAGGCGAUUGCUGCGCUUCUUUGCGUCGAUUUUGUGUUUUCUUCCAUCAAAAACCAACAAAGAGUGCGAAGACAACGCCGGCCACAAACCAUUCCGGURCCAAAAAWGGCCACUACAAGUUUGCUGCGCAAGGCCAAUAUGUAGAUGAAUCAUAGGUAUAAUUUGUAUAUUAGAUAGUCACACGAGACACUGUGCACAAGGCACGAGAAUUUGAAAAUAACGUAGUUCAACAACGUCGAUGUGUGAYCCGGGACCGGCACCAUCAAGAAUUGCUGUCAUUAUUUCGAGCAAUGCCCCGAGGUACGUCGAUAUCGCAUCUAAAUACCAUCGGUUCUAGUUACACAGCAAUGCCCACAUUGGUUUCGAUGUUCGGAAACGGCUGUUCGAUUUUGAGGACUACCACAGUAUUGGAAUGAAAGGUCGGUACCAUCCUGCUCUCAACACCGUAGUGCAAACCAAAUCCUCAACUGGUGCGCAACAACGCAAAUCUGAUAGAACAUAGGAAAAAAGAGACGGGACUCUGUCCCGUGUAGGGUUCCAUYGUGGGAAUACGAAUCUCUGACUACUAAACUAUUUUGUGUUCU